CCCCGGCAGCGCCCGCGACAAGAUGGCGGACUGGGUGGACGCGCUCUUCGACUCCCGCUCCUUCCCGCGCUGCGGCCUGCAGGAGUUCAGCCUCCUUCCAGGCCACUGCAAGAUAACGGAGAGAGUGAAAAAGCGGCUCUACUAUGGUCGAGACAUAGACUACAACAUGGACGCUCUGUCCUGUCCGGUCACUGAUAUUGCAGUCGAACUACUUCAGAAAUCGGCUCCAAGCCCAAUAAGAAAACUGCGGAAGAAAUAUGCUGCUCAUGUGGCAAGGGAGGCCUGUAUCUCGCCUUGUGCAAUGAUGCUUGCCCUUGUCUACAUUGAACGGCUCCGACAUCGAAACCCGGAAUACCUGCAGCAGAUCUCGUCGUCGGACCUCUUCCUGAUAUCCAUGAUGGUCGCCAGCAAGUACUUGUACGAUGAGGGGGAAGAGGAGGAGGUGUUCAAUGACGAGUGGGGGGCUGCGGGAAAGCUGGACGUUCAAGUGGUCAACACCCUGGAGAUGAACUUCCUGCGAGCCAUCGAUUGGAACCUGUACGUUAACACCCAGGAAUUCUUUGAGCUUUUGAGUCGCCUGGAGGGAAGGGUGGCCGAGUCGCAGGGACUAAAACGAGGCUGGUUCACAUACACGGACUUGUGUGUGUUGCUGGAGCAGGCGCUGUGGCAACAGGUGUUUUCAGAAUUCUACCAGCAUGUUGUCAAGGUUGCAUGCAUGCUGGGGUUCGUCUACCUGACUGGCGUGGCAGGAAUAAUCGCCGGCUCAGCGCUCGCCCGACAGGCCGUGUACUCGAGGGGCCAGGCGGACCCGUUCCCCAGCGCCGAGAAACCGGUUGUGGGCCAAGGAGUUGUCCUGGACCGAGCGAAAUGCCGGCAGGAGGCCGAGCCCUUCCCGCCGUUCAACCCAGCGGUGGCUGACGUGGCCAAGCCUCCGGGCUCUCCCUCCGGCCUUUGUUGCUGCCUGUUGGAAAAUGACUCGAGAUGGACAAAUUCUGGCUUUGCCAUGUCGGCCCUGUGCACCUGGGGGGCUGCCCUGACCUCCUUCACUUACGUUACUGACCAGGGGAACGUCCGAGAGGAGCUGAGGAUCCCACCGCCCAUUUCCUGUUCUACUUGUUGCAAACUGCAGGGCGAGACCGGGAUGGCAGUCCAAUGCGGGGCAUCGAACCAGACGUCCAUUAAGAUCUCCUUCCGCCACAGCCCGUCGGAACUCCUCUGCGCCUUCGGAUCGCGGGGCACGUUCUCCCCCGGAUGUAGAGGUUGCACAAAGGACAGGGCGGUAAACGUGAAGAAGCCUCCUCCAACUCCCAGCUUCCAGCGGCUCAUGGACCUUCUCUGCCUCCCCGGUUCCCUGAGGAUGAGAAGUUGCCCGACAGAAACGCCAACAGCGUUCAACCAGCUUGCCAUACCCGUCUUGCCCAGCUAGGCAAUCAGUCCCCCUCCUUUCCCAGCAUUUAGAAUUCGGAACCAUUUUAUCAACCCGAUCCCCACUUGCGAUCAUUCGACUUCAAUCUCAAAACCCAGCGAUUAGACCAGCAAGACAGUCGCUGCAGCAAGAUCUCGGCCUCCACCAGAAUCCUGGGCCUGAUCUGGCAGCUGUUCCCAACUUGCGACCAUGCACAAAAGCUAGAUUUGCUAAUAACCUGUCGAAGUGGAGUGAACUCGCCAACAUUGAUAGGUGUACGUGCUGUUGUAACUCCAGGAUACAAUUGUGAGCAGCGGGCACACUCGCGCCCCUCUCAGCGGCCUUCAGCAAUAAAUUUGACACGUUCAAAGUCACUUUCAUGUACAUAGAGCCCCGCACCUAGCAAUCCUCUCAAAACGUUCCCUCUGCGGAGAAUUACUUUCAGAGGAGGCGGCUUACUCUGCCAGAGAACACAGCGGCGGUUUUGUGCCUAGCAACUCGCGCGAGGAGAGACACAAAAUGGAGGAUCUCGCCCUCGGUGCUGCCAGCCGAUGAGAUAACGAGCAAUGGAAUUACUUUUUAACGCAAAAUCUCAACCAGCUGGAGCCAGUUAACCUGCAACUCUUAUUUGGUAUCUCACCUAAAGGACAUCAUUCACACCAGGAGCUUGGGGCUUGUGCUAAACGUGCUUAGAACAGCGCCUGCUGCUGGUCCUUCCCAGCAAACAUACCCGACACUCGACAGCGUGCGGCGUUACUUUUAAGUCGCAGAAUUCGAAGUUUGCAGGAUUUCUAGACUCUGCACCUUUUGUACAGCUAUUUGAAGACCUUUUAUAACGAAACGGGUUUGAUGAAGGCAUCAAGGAAUCGGAUGUGGAAUUCAAAAUGGUCGCCUAAUUUUUUGUGGAAUCCAAAAUGGUUGCCUACCGAUGCUGGAAAACCUGAGGAAAAGCGAUAAACUUGUGACCAUGCACAAAAGCUAGAUGUACUAAUAACCUGUCUUGUGCAGUAUGAUUAGACUACAUUGGGUAUAGCAUUUACAAUGCAUUUACAUAGCAUUACAAUUUACAGUUGUUGGGUUAUUUGGAACCUUUGCUUUAACUCUCUAAUUUUUUUAUUCAGGAGUGAUUUUCUAACGUGGGAGAUCUGAGCUGUGUUUCCUACAGUCAUUUGGGGAGAUUUGUAAGUCUCUGAGUAGCCAAGCAAACCACAUUUAAACUAUUGCGGGGUGACGGAGGAAAUCAGGAAAAUGUCCCCAGCUUUUCAUGCAAGAAACUGCAGAUGCUGGAAUCUUGAACAGGACAGCAUAUGCUGGAAUCUGGAACAGAACUGGAGGGACUCAGUGGGUGUGGGUGGGGAUGGGCAGACAAUAUUUCGGGUCGGACUGAAGAAGGGUCCCAACCCGAAACGUCGUCCAUCCUUUCCCUCCACACGUGUUGCCUGACUCGCCGAGACCGUCCAGCAUAUUAUGUUUUACUAGAUUUAUUGUGUUUUACUAUUUUUAAUAGAUUCUAUGCUCAUCCCAUAUACCUACAAUUCAAAAUAUCAUCAUAUUAUAAUCUCGGACCAUGCACCUCUAACAUUUACAAGGGGUCACAGUUUAAGGAUAAGGGGGAGGUAUUUUAGGACCGAGAUGAGAAAAACAUUUUUCACACAGAGAGUGGUGAAUCUGUGGAAUUCUCUGC